AUUACAUCCUAUGAAUCUUCCAUCUUCCAUCUCUCUUUGAAAAAGCCAUGUCGAAGCCCAAAAACUGGCCUGCAACACUCCCCUAUCUCAAGGCCCCUCUCUACGGCAAAGAUAUUUCCCCCUCACACAUCCAAUUCCUCCGCACAAAACCCCCCAAUGAGAGCAGCGCCAUCGACCAAGUUCCCAUAGCACCAGCCUCGUCGCCCGCAACGGAAACUCCAUGCCCGCGCGUCAAGAUCCAGGCCAUCACAGAUCGUAAUCAUCCCGCAUACGGCCAGUUCGGACUAUUCGCGGCGCAGAACAUUGCGCCGGGGGAGCUGAUACUGGCGUACCUUGGAAGGCUGCACGGAAGGGCUACGACGAGCGAGGAGAGCGAUUACGAUCUUUGGCUGGAUCGGGAGAUGGAUGUAGCGGUGGACGCGGCGGGGGAAGGGAAUGAGGGGAGGUUUGUGAAUGAUUAUCGGGGGAUUGAGGGUAAGGAGAGGGCGAAUGCGAGGUUUGGGAAUGUGUUUUGUGAGAGAUGGGGGGAGGUUUGCGUGGGAGUUUGGGCGGUGGGAGGAGGGAAGGCGAAAGAUGAUGGGAAGAAGAAGAUGAAGAAGAAGAGUGAAGGGGGGAUUAAGAAGGGGGAGGAGAUACUGGUGAGUUAUGGGAAGGGAUUUUGGGAGGAGAGGAGGAAAGAUGGCGAUGGCGAUGGUGAUGGUGGAGGGGAGAAGUGGGCAAGCAGAGGUUACUAGAGAAAUAUAGACAUAAUAGCAGUUACUAGGGAAAUGUAAAUAUAGCAGCCACUCUCUUUAU